GAAUCGUAUACGCACACAUACAAAAAAAAACAAAACAAAACAAAUGUCUAAAUACAAUAUCAAUGAAAAAGAAUCAAGAAAAACGAUGAUUGAAAGAAAAUCAUUAUUGUUGCCGACUAUAAGUUUAACUUCGUUGCGGUCCAACGAUGAAAAUGAAGAUGAUUAUUGGUUUCAAGUUUUAGAACUUUGUUGCCAACAGAAUCCAUCACAUUUUGGAAUCGAAUUUCCAAGUACAGCAUUUCAGAAUUUUGAAUAUCUUGAUUCAGGAACAUAUAGUCAUGUUAUCAAAGCUACUGCUAUUCAAUAUAAAUAUACUCCUAUUGUAUUCAAGAUUAUCAAAGUAGUACAGAAAGCAACAUUAAAUAAAUUAAAUGUCUUGUCAUUCAAUGGUUUUGAACAAUAUUCUGAUGUUUAUCAGGAAAUAGUAAUCACAAAAGUUUUGUCCGAUUUACACAAUCUAGUAUGCGAUGCCCAUGGGUAUGAAUAUCAGACACAUUGUUUUCCAAGAAUUUAUUGUACAAAAAUUGUACAUGGUGAAAUACCUAAUUAUUUUCUCAUCCGUAAAUAUGAUGAAAAUGAAAUAAAAGCAAAACCAGUAGAACGUUUCGAAGAACUACAUGGUGUUCCUCGUGAAAAUUUGGCCAUAUUGAUGAAAUAUUGUGGUGAUUCAUUAUGGCAGCUGUUCAAACAUCGAUAUCGUAUCACAUCAUCAGGAGCUACGGUUGGAUUGACUCCCUGUCAAUUGUUGGGGAUUUGUUAUCAAGUGACACUUGCAUUAGCUGUGGCUGAAUGUGUCUAUCAAUUUGAACAUCGUGACCUACAUGUUUGUAAUGUAUUAGUGAAAAAAACUAAAAAAGAAACGAUCUCAUUUGUCAUACGGUCCGUUUCCUAUAAUGUCAAGAGUUUUGGCGUCAAAGUCUGUCUAAUCGAUGCAACAUUUUCUCGAAUUUGUUUGGGUGACAAAGUAUACUUUACUGAUCUGACCAAUCGUUUGAAAGCAACAGCAUCUACCCCUAAUCCUGAUGCACAGGAAGAGGCAUACAAAUUAAUGUAUAACAAAGUGGUGGACAAAUGGCGUGAUUGGUUUCCUGAGACAAAUAUUUAUUGGUGUAAAUAUUUUUACAAUGAAGUAUAUAAUAGUGAAGCAUUCCGCUCGGCUGAACCUGAUAAUUCAACACGAAAAGGAUUACAAAAUUUGAUCGAUACUAUUUCAGAUCAUCGAACAUUAAGAGGUUUUAUCGAAACAAUGUUUCGUAUACCAACAAAUAGUAAUACAAAUAUCAAUACUACUACUUCCGCUCGUACCACAUCUCAUUAAUCAUCAUAAUGGAUAAUUUUGAAACAUUUUGUUUUGUUUUUUUUAA